AUGGGUCCAAAUGACGAAGACGAGAAUGGCAAAUUGUUUAGCAUAUCGCAUUGUGCGGUGAAAGUGGGAGAGAUCAACCGGUUCGUGAUCACGUUCGUUCCGAACCCAGAUGAGCCGCCUCUAAACGGGCUAGGGAAGUCACUCUGGGUGCGGAUAAAGAACGUCGAAAUGGUGGCUCUGAGAGCUGCGUAUCUGGCUGGACCGUUUACUCUCUAUUGCGAUGUUCGUCCCGAAGAGUACACACACAAGCAAGCUUGUUUCAGCACGGCUGACCAACCAUCAUACGAGCCCAAUUUGUCGCCAGGACAAAGUUUCUAUGCGGAGCUCCCUAUUCACCUGCUUAAAGACAAAUAUACCUGGACGGUAGAUGUGGUCAGUCAGAUGAUAUUUUCAUCAACUGCCGAGACACAUUUCGAGCUGUUUGUGGGAACCAGCAAGAGUGCAUUACAUAGACAAAGGCCCAUAACGCGCUACCCAGAACUGGAUAUCACCAUACAGGAUACUCAGGAUCUUUGGAAUAUUCCACCGCGAAUCCCAGAAAAGCCGGUUCAUCUUGUGCUGCUGACACAUGGCUUGCACUCCAAUUGUGGUGCCGACAUGUUCUUUCUAAAGGAGCGGAUUGAAGAGGCGGCCUUUGAGGCUGGGCAGAACGUGAUUGUGAGGGGUUACAGAGACAAUGUGUGCAAGACAGAAAGGGGAGUCCGUUAUUUGGGAGGCCGUGUUGCGCGAUAUGCGAUCUCUCAGGCAGAAGAGUUCAAGGCCACUAAGAUCUCUUUCGUAGCCCACUCACUGGGUGGAUUGACACAGGUGUUUGCAAUAGGGUACAUCGCAUUCAACUACCCCGGCUUUUUUGACAGGGUCAAACCCGAAAACUUCAUCACGUUGGCGUCGCCAUAUCUGGGACUGACCAAUGAGAACCCUGGGUAUGUGAACUUGUUUCUUUCAGCUGGGAUUGUGGGAAAGACGGGUCAGGACCUGGGACUCUAUGGUCUCACUCCGUUACUUCUUAUGCUCCCCGGUAAUCCCACCGCCAAGAUUUUGCAACAGUUCAAAAGACGGACUUUGUAUGCCAAUUCGAUGAACGAUGGUAUUGUUCCUCUGAGAACCUCAGCUCUAUUGUAUUUGGACUGGAGAGGCUUGAGUAGAGUCAAUGACGAGAAGACGAAGGAUUCUUUGCAUCACCAGCGCAACAGUGAAGCAACAGGCUUAAGCCCAGAGAAUAUAAGUGAAAACGGUGCAAAUGUGGGGGAAAUUCCACGCGACAGCGAGACGGCAACUGAAGGAGUAAACGCUUCAACCACGGGGAAUGCCGUUAUGGACUUGGGAAAUACCUUGAAGGAUAUGAUGGUUUCCCCUCUUCAAUCGGUGAUGGCAUUCUGUGCUCCGCAUAUUCAGGCAGAGGGCAGAAAGAGUAAGAAAUACAGACGGUUCCAAACCAUGAGAGAGGAUGGCUACGAAUCGGGAGAAGAUGACGAUGGAGUCGAAGGGUUCAUUAACCCACUUCCAAAGACGUCUCUCAUGGAAUCUGCAACUAAGGUGUUACUUCCACCCGCUCCUCCCUUUCAAUACCUCGUGAACCCCUCCUCGCGCGAAGAGGUGAUUAUCCACGAUCGUAUAUACACAGAGAAGGACCUGCCAAAAGAACACAAGAAAUCGAAAUCUCGGCUGGAAAUUUUGAAGGAAAAGAGGGACAUAGAGGAGAGAAUCGCUCGCAAAUAUCAUCGAAAUGCAGCGUGGAGAAAGGUUCUGGUGAAACUCUUGCCAGAUGCUCACAACAACAUAAUUGUUAGAAGACGAUUCUCCAAUGCUUAUGGCUGGUUAGUAAUUGACCAUCUCGUGGACAACCAUUUUGGCUCUGAAGCAGAUGUUGGAGUGGACUCGGGACCGGAGCCGCUAAUCGAAGAUGCCGAGUCUGACAAGAACGAGGAGAAGUUCGAGAAAAUUUUGCUGACACAGAAGGAGAAGGAUGACAAACGUGCCGCGAAGGAGGCACGAAAGUAUGGGGCUAUGAGCCAGAGCUCCAGCCAAAGCAUUGGGAGAACGACCCUAGAUCUCCAUAGGGUGGAUACGAACGACACGAAUGAGACAAAGGGAACAGUUUUGUCAAAUGAUGGUCGUUGGAUCAACGACAACGAUUCCGACUACUAUGACGGACCAGCUGGGAUCUUUUCCAACGCUGGAGAGGCGCUGGAGGCACUCAAGGCGCAAUACCAGAACGGAAUCUUCACUAUGGUUAACAACGAGGAUGAAGUUAGGGAAGUUGCCGAUCCAGGAAACUCUAAUGUUGAAGGGGAGAACAUGAAUGUUCACGUGAUGGGCAGUUUCUAUUGA